UAGCAGCUGGAGCCUGGAGCCCUGGAGGAAGAAGGCUGAGAACAAAUAUAGUGGAUAAACGUCGACGAUCGAUCCAGCUGAGUAAAAACUAGCAGCUUGGAGUGAAGUGGGGAAAGAAAAGAAAAGAUAGAAGCUAGUCCAGAGUUAUUACGCUAGCUCCUCUUCUCUCUGUCUGGAACCCUGAAUAAUGGUUCCUGUAAUUUCGUCUAUCUCCCAAUCACCAUCUUCUUGUUGUCUCCCUUCUUCCUUACAUUGCAAUUUCCACGCUUCACCACUCGUCUCCUCAUCAAAACUUAAUACUAGAUCUAUUUGCAUGAGAGUAAGAGAUACUGAUUCUUCCAGCUCGGUCUCUACUCGUACAAUUCGGAGUGCCGCGACAAAACCUCCAAAAUCCCCUGCCGAAGAAGACUGGAAGAUCAAGCGUGAAUAUCUGCUUCAGAAAAGGGUAAGGAGUGUAGAUGUAAAAGAAGCCUUGCGCCUUCAGAAAGAGAACAAGUUUGUCAUCCUUGAUGUGCGCCCUGAGGCAGAAUUUAAAGAGGCUCAUCCUCCAGGUGCCAUAAAUGCACAAAUUUAUAGACUUAUAAAGGAGUGGACAGCGUGGGAUAUUGCUAGGCGUGCUGCAUUUGCAUUCUUUGGCAUCUUUGCUGGCACGGAAGAAAACCCUGAAUUUCUAAAACUCGUGGAGGAAAAAUUAGAUAAAGACUCAAAAAUAAUUGUGGCUUGCUCAUCUGGAGGAACAAUGAAACCAUCACAAAAUCUUCCUGAAGGUCAACAGUCAAGGUCCUUGAUAGCUGCUUAUUUGCUUGUCCUCAAUGGAUAUACCAAUGUUUUCCAUCUAGAAGGUGGGCUUUACUCUUGGUUUAAAGAAGGAUUACCGGCAGAGUCAGAGGCCUGAAGGUGCCUUGAAGAAACUACCCUUCUUCCCCUGCUAGAGCAUCUCCUCAAACGUCAAUCUGUAUUUGGAAGCUAUGAAUAUGUUACGCUUAUUGCAAGUUGUAGUCAUGCUUCAAUGAGUGUUUUUAAUUCAAUUCCAUUCCAAUAUUAGUCAAGAGAAAGAAGUGUGGUUGUACUAAUUGUAAGAGCAUUUAGACUUAGUUUGGGAGUGUUUAUUUCUUUUA